GCUCCUGAGAGGGGAGUGCUGGGGACUGUGCCCACGAGAAGAGGCACCCACUGCUGGAGAGGAUCCUGCAGCAGCACCGGCUCCGCGCUGGGGACACCUGGGGACACCCCAGACCUGGGGACAUGGGGCCUGCUCUCCUCCUGCUGCUCACCACAGCUGGCUUCUGGCAUGGCUCAGCAUCUCCAGUGAUCAGCCCUGAUCUCCCUGCUCUUGUUGUCAACACCGGUGAUCCAGUCCUCUUGCACUGCUCAGGAGAGUCUGAAGUUGCAUGGAAUAGCAAAGAGGUUACAUUCAGAAACCACACCAGCAGCACCCUCAGUAUUCCCAAUGCCACUUACAGGAACACAGGCACCUAUACCUGUGCUUAUGUCAACAGCAGUGACAAGGGCAUUGCAGCCAUCCACCUGUUUGUGAGAGACCCUAAUAACACGUGGUACACCCCCUCUUUCCGGGUCUGGGGGAUCAAAGGUGGGAAUGUUGAUUUCCCCUGUUUCAUCACGGCCCCCGAGUACGGAUCCAGUGUGACUCUGAUAAGGGAUGAUGCCUCUCCUCUCCUACCUGGGACCAACUACUCCUUCAGUGCUGAGAGAGGAGUAACACUCUACAAUGUGCAGACCAAGCAUAAGGGCCCUUACCGAUGCCAAGCACAGAUAAAUGGAAAAAUAAAUAAUUCACCAAGAAUAAGACUGGUUGUGGAAGAAGCGCUGGAGAAGCCUGUCUAUGUGGAGAUGGACCCUGUGGACCAUGUGCGGAUCGUGGGAGAACCUUUCCAAGUCACCUGCAGGGUGACUGCUCCUUCCCACAAGUAUGACAUCAAAUGGGACACAGCAGCAAAGAAAGUCAACAGAACUAAAAGGGUUGACCUUGAAAAUGAUAACUACUUCAUCAGUGACACCCUGUCCAUUGCAGCUGUGACCAUGGAGGACAGUGGCAAGUACGUCUGCAUAGCUAACAAUUCAGUAGGAUCCAAGAAUGCCUCAACAAUGCUUCAGGUAGUAGAGAGAGGUUACGUGCACCUGACCCCAGGGCAAGCCACCAGCCUGGAGGUGGCUCUGGGAGACAAUGUGGAGCUGCAGGUCCACAUUAAGGCUUACCCAAAACUUCUCCACUGGGCCUGGGAACACAGGAAUCCCUUGAAGCACUCUAAACCCACCAUAUUCAAGGGUGAAAUGAUCUUUGGAAACAACUGGUACAACAACACACUCUCCCUGAAACGCCUGAAGGAGGGAGAGGGAGGCCUCUACACCUUUUAUGCCUCCCACAGUGCGACCAAUGAGUCAGUUACCUUCAGCAUCUCUCUGAAAUCUUCUCCAAGGGUCUGCAAAAUCAAGGUGCCAGCUGAGGACUCCAGCCUGCUGCAGUGCGUGGCCAUCGGGUACCCUGCCCCACGCAUCGAGUGGUACCAGUGCCCCGUGCACUCUGACAGGUACAGCGAGGACUACAGACUGAUAAGCAAUGACUCCAGACCCCAGGUGGUGAAUGUGUUGCCCUUCCAAGAGGUGGAGGUGGAGAGCAGCAUCCUCUUCGAGGAGCUGGGUGACAAUUUCACCUUCUGCUGCGUGGCCAUUAACGGGGAAGGGAACGCCUCUGACAUGUUCCACUCCUUCACCAUCACCAGGAGUAUCGUGGCCCUUCCAAACAAGCUCUUCAGCCCUGUUCUCUCCACCUGCAUUGGGGCAUUGGUGCUGCUGCUCCUCCUCCUCCUCUUCCUGCUCUACAAGUACAACCAGAAACCCAAGUACCAGGUGAGGUGGAAGAUCAUCGAGGCCUGUGAGGGCAAUAAUUACAUCUUCAUUGAUCCCACCCAGCUGCCAUACAAUGAAAAGUGGGAGUUUCCAAGGAACAACCUCCAGUUUGGAAAAACUCUUGGAGCAGGAGCCUUUGGAAAAGUGGUGGAAGCCACAGCUUUUGGGCUGGGCAAAGAAGAUUCGGUGCUCAAAGUGGCUGUGAAGAUGCUAAAGUCAUCAGCAGACAGGGACGAGCAGGAGGCCCUCAUGUCUGAGCUGAAGAUCAUGAGUCACUUGGGACACCAUGAGAACAUUGUUAACCUGCUGGGGGCAUGCACCUGUGGAGGCCCAAUCCUUGUCAUCACCGAGUACUGUCGCUAUGGAGACCUGCUGAACUUCCUCAGGAAGAAGACUGAAUCCAUAAUUAUCCAGGAUUCUGCCCUGGACACCUCUUUGGACAGUGCUGCUGAUUACAAGAACAUUGAGCUAGAGAAAAAAUACAUCCGCAGUGACAGUGGCUUUUCCAGCCAGGGUUUGGAAACUUAUGUUGAAAUGAGGCCUGUGUCAUCAUCAUCAUCUUCAGCAGCAUCAGAUUCUGCGCAAGUCAGGGGGAGAAGCUCGGAGGAGGAUGAAGCCAGGGAGGAUCUCCGUCCCCUCAAUCUCUCUGACCUGCUGCAGUUCUCCAGCCAGGUGGCCCAGGGCAUGGCAUUCCUGGCAUCAAAGAACUGCAUCCACCGUGACCUAGCAGCCAGGAAUGUGCUCAUAUCAGAUGGACGAGUAGCCAAGAUCUGUGACUUUGGCCUGGCUCGGGACAUCAUGAAUGACUCCAACUAUGUUGUGAAAGGCAAUGCCCGCCUGCCCGUGAAAUGGAUGGCCCCAGAGAGCAUCUUUGACUGCAUUUACACAGUGCAGAGUGAUGUGUGGUCUUACGGCAUCCUGCUCUGGGAGAUCUUCUCCCUUGGGAAGAGCCCCUAUCCUGGCAUGGUGGUGAACAGCAAGUUCUACAGCAUGGUGAAGCAGGGAUACCAGAUGGCCAGACCUGACUUCGCUCCCUUGGAAAUGUACAGCAUCAUGCAGGCGUGCUGGAGCCUGGAGCCCACACGGAGACCCACCUUCGACCAGAUCGGCUGCUUCAUCCAGAAAGAGCUGGAGGUGCAUAAGGAGCAGGACUACACCAACCUCCCCUCCAGUGCAGAGGAAGACAGUGGCUGUGACACCUCUGGCUGCUGUGAGGAGUCCUGCGAGCAAGAGGAGAGUGGGCAGCCACUGCUCAAGGGCAACAACUACCAGUUCUGUUAGGUGGCACCUUCACCCUGGGGCUGAUCCUUGUCCUGGCUCCACAGAGCUCACCCUAGGACACAGACACCUUCUGCUUUGGCCUUCUCUGUGCUUGCUGAAGUGUGGGUGUUAUGGACUCUCUCACCAAAUGGAGAGUAAAGACACCUUGGUGUUCCAGAGUCUUAUCCCACACAUGGCAUAGAGCUGUCAGGAUGGUAACAGGCUCCAUCUCUGCAAGGUACACAGAGGUCCCCAGCAGCCACCUCCCCAUGCCCCAGAGAAGGCUGUGGGAGUUGGGGUUUUGUAGUUUU